AUGAGGCAGCUUGGCGAUGGUGUAUCGGCACAGCGUGUCACGGCACGGCUGCUGGCCCAGCAGCAAGAGGAGCCCAGGGGCCACCUCGAUCCCAGGAGCCACCAAAGGGUGCUUAUGAAAACGGGCCUCAUCCUCCUCAUCAUCGGGCACCUCAGCUUCAUCACCGGCGCCCUCGUCCACGGCACUGUCCUCCGCUUCGUGGUCGACCCCGGGGAUGCCAUCUCCUUGCAGUACGCCGUCGCCAACACUGGCUCCGUCAUCUCCGCGCUGCUGACCAUCUCCUGUGGAGUAGCUGGCCUCAUUUCCCCACGCUCCCUCUUCUCUUCUCUCCUGCAGAAAUGGGUGGUUUUCGCCCUGGGUGCCAGCAGCAGCCUGGGCUGCCUGUCCUGCUUGCUGGGUCUGGCCGUCUCCAUCGGGCUGACCCUGGGCAGCCAUGGCCGGGCACUGCUGGCCCCCUGCGCUGUCACCGAUGUCACCCUCACCCCAGUCUCCCACGAGUGCCCCUUCGAUCCCUCACCCUUGUUCUCAUCAUCC